UAGACAUUUUGUGUUCGCUUUGUAUAUUUCUUGGUACUAUUAUUUUAUUUUAUUUUUAGAUACUAUUAUAGUACCUAGUACCUACUAUUUAGUAUUUAGUAAUUUAUUAAUUUAUAUUAUGUGUGCAAUAAAUUAUUUAUGCCUUCCGUGUGUCAGUUCGAAACAAUUGGGUACUUACUUGUUUAGUGGUUAGUGUCAGAUGCGCCCAACGCGCGCAGUUUGGCCCUCGGAAAUUGUCUUGAACCAUUUAACUGCUUUUAAAUUUUAGUUUUAAAUUAUAAUAUAAGACUACCUAUAAUUAUUUUAACUCAAUUUGAAUGAUUCGACGGCAAUAGUGUACUUAAUAAAAUAUUAAACCAAAAACGAAAAUAUGGCUGAGCUGGAAAGUGAAGAUAGUUCAGAUGGUACAUUAGUUAUUGAUGAACCAAAUUAUGAUAAUCAAACAAUUGAAAUAUUAGAUAAUUCAGAUUCAGACGUGGAAAUUGUUGAACUAGAUGAUGAUAUAGUAGAUAACUCGGAUGUGGAAAUUGUUGAAUUAGAUAAUGAUAUAGAAGAAAAUUCAGAUGUGGAAAUUGUUGAAUUAAACAAUCAUAUAAAUAAUACUACUUCUACUUCAUUGAAUCCUUCAGGUUUAUCCACAAAAGUCAGUUUAACGUGUAAACUAUGCUCUCGAAUAUUUACCACUAACAAUGAUUUACUCAAUCACAUCAGAAAGUUUAAAGGAAGGAUAGGAGGUUGUACCAAUAAACCAAAUAAUACUAUAGAAAAAAGAAAAACAGCUGAAACCCUCGAAUCUGAGCACUCAGUUGUUAAAAAGAAACGCGGCAGGCCACCAAAAAAGAAUGAUGUUGUACCACCUCAAUUUUCUGUAAAUGUUCUUAAACCUGUUCCUAAAACUAUUCCCCUACGUCGCCCUUCAAUACCAGAAUUAUUACCAAUAAUGUUCAAAUCGGUACCCAGACCUACUAUUGCAACAAAUAAUAUUUUACCAUCUCUGCGACAAAUAUUAGUUGAUGAAAUUGAACCAGAAUAUCCAUGUACAAUGUGUAGUGAAACAUUUCGUCAUAAUAUUGGCCUUAUAUGUCAUUUGAAUUCUGAACACAAUAAUGAAACAACUAAUAAAGAAGACCCAAAUAAAGAGAAAAAAUCACAAACUAAAUUGGGUGUAAAAAGGCAAAUUGUGAAAAAAAAUCUUGUUAAUGAAAUCAAGCAGAUAGAAAAUUACGAGCACAUAUCAAAUACCAUUGAUUUAACACUACUGCCAGAUUUUAAAAAGGACAGCUUGAUGAAUAGAAUGAAAUCCUACGUCUAUAGUCCAAACAAAGACCAAGCAAUUUGUCUUCUAUGCAAUAUAGAUUUCAAGAAUACCAAAAAAGCAUUAGCUCAUGUUGAAGAUAAGCAUAUAAUGGAUAAGAUAGAAUGUGGGUAUUGUAACAUGAAGUUUGUAUAUGAAUUAAAACUAAGAAGUCAUAUGGCAAAAAGACAUAAAAUAAUUGGUGUUUAUAAAUGUGAUAAAUGUUCUAAGAUGAUAAAUAAAGAAGAAUGUGAUUCACAUUCAGAAGAAUGUAAAGGAAAAGUGAACCCAAUAAUAAUCAAAAGAGAAGCAGAUAAAUCUAACAGUUUAUAAAUUUAAAUUAUUUAGUGGUAAGUAACAUGUUAAUCUAAUGCUAAAGUAAAGACAUAAUAAAAAGUAAUUAAUUAAAAUAAACAGUCAUAAUAAAAAGUAAUCAUUUAAAAGCAUAUAAUGCCAUACAAUAUUUUACUGUAAGAUAGUUGUAUAUUUGAUUAACUUUUCAAUCAGCAUAUCCAAGUGCCUUAAUAAUAAUAAAAAUACAAUUGUCUAACUCAAGUUAAAUUAAUUGAAACGUUUUUUUAUAAUGUACUUGGAUCAACAUAAUAUUCAUUGUAUCUAUACUUUGUCACAAAAGAGAAUAAUUACUUAUUGUGCAUUGGAAAUGAUGCAACUGGUGCGUCAAGAACCAUGUGAUCACGCUACGCUGGGAAGUUGGUGGGAGAAGCGCAGCACUGACGUAAUUUGGUCGGCCGAUUAUUUUCUUUUGAGACAGAGUAUAGUAUCUACAUAGAUAUUUACUUCAUAUUUAACUCUAUACCAUUACUUACUCAGUAUGACAGUAUGUCUAGAUAACUGAAAUUUUUCUGGUAUUACUACUCAGUUUAAAUAUAAAUUAUGAAAUAUUUACAUAACUUUGUAAGUAGAUGCAUAAAAAACUACAAAAACUAAAUAAAGAACAAAAAGCUCACACAUAUUUGGUUGUAUGUAGUAGAGUAUGAUUGAUAUAAAAUAUUUUAACUGAAACUUUUAUAUGUUUUAAUUAGGUACUUAAGAUAUUGAGUUUUUAGUUUUAUAUUUAGAAUGUUGUUUUUGUGAUAGCCUUAUGGGAAAACAGUUAAUAUGGUAGUCCAUUUUGUAACUAAACUAAAUUAAACAAUAAUUAAGAAAACCAUUCUUUGUUACAACUUGUUGUCAUAUUUUAUACAAACUAAAUAAUUUGUAUGUGUUGGUAAUUAUAGUAUUAUGAAUCUAGCUAAAGAAUUUAUGUAAUCUAAUUCUAUUAGAUCUUAUGGGUAACAUUACUUUUAGUGCUCAAAUUUUAGAUAUUAUAUUAUUUUAUUAUCAAUAGAUAGGUAACUCAAAAUCUUAAACAUUGGAAACAAAACAUUGUUAUUUGAAUACAUUUAUGAAUAACAUUGAUAACAAUGUUUUACGUAUAGUCAAAUGAUACACAAUAUUUUUUAAAUCAAGAAAAUAAUUUAGUUUUAAAUUUUUAAAUUUAAAAAAUUAAUUAUUGUAUGAAAAUGGGAAUCUAAUGUAAACUCUUUUUUAAUAAUUUUACCUCACAAAAAUAUAAUAUUACACCAUAACCUUUAGUUCAAAGAUACCAUUGUGUAUUAUUUGAGUUUUUAUUAAUGUUCUACACUUCUACUAAUAUAUUAUGUUCCUAAUGCAUUUAUUUAUUUUUCAUACACAUUUAUGUGAUUUGAGUUUUAUUAAAAAUAAGUAGAAGUUAAGAAGCAAAAUUAUCAGUUAAACCAGUUUCCACAAUAUUUUAAGGCUUAGUAAUUUUAUUUAAAUAAUGAGAAUUUGUAAUUUGUAUGGAAUAGAGCACACUUAGAAACUAUUUAAUUUCCUUAGUGUUCAUCAAAAUAAUCUUAAAAUCUAUUGUUUAUCAAGUGAGACAUUUAUUUUUAAUAAGUUGUUUUUCUAAUAUUUAUUAUGAAAUGUAUGUGUACCUAUAUA